UUAAGGAUGUACCGAUCCGAUCCGGAGAUGCUGUGUAUCACUAUAAGAGCAGGUAUUGCCUGAACCGAUAAGAUCGAUAUCAGAUCGGAUUAGAGCUGGUAGAAUGAAUGGAUUUAUUUGAAUUAUUAGCACAAUAGAAAUCUUCUCUUGAAUCCCAGAUACUGUUUCAGUCCGAGUUCACCAGGAAUAUGUUAGUAUUGGGUAUCAGAUACUAUUCAGGGAUCUGAUAUCAAGAUUAUAUAAAGUAAAGGGAAAACCUGAGAUGACCGCACAGAUUCAAGCCUGAUCUGAAGCUAUCAAACCUAAUGUAGAUUAAGACUAAGAACAUGGCAUGUAAAAGCAGAGCGGUUCGCUUUUCGGUUCUUGUUCCUCCUCGCUUGCAUUCUUGCUUCUCAGUUUUUUUUCAACUCUCCAAAACCAGCCUUCUUUUUCAGAUGUGAAAGGCAGCAUGAGUGUGAAGGCCUUUGAGCUGGUGUCCGCUGUGGACCGGGAGCAGUUGGCUGGUGAGAAGGCCCGCAUCGGUAUCGAGUGCAUCGAAUGCUGUGGCCAGCACCUGUACGUGGGCACCAACGAUGGGUUCAUCCAUUACUUCCUGCUGGAGGAGCGCACCACAGCCAAGGGCCAGCUGUCCUUCAGCUCGCAGAAGCUCCUACACAAACAGAUAGGCGUGAAAAAACCACCGUCCGAGCUAAAAGCUGCUUCAGCCCUGGAGCGCCUUAUCGUCUUGUGCGACGGUGUCAUCAUGCUUAUGAAUAUGGUCACUCUGGAACCGGUGGCAUCUGGAGGGACCAAGCUUAAAGGCGUGACUACGUUUUGUGUUAACGAGAACCCGGUGCGAGCCGAGCCUUUUUGUGUGGAGAUGGCGGUGGCGUCCGCGCGCCGUCGUGCCGUACACAUAUGCACUGUGCAUGAGGACCGUGUCCAGAUCCUGAAGGAAGUGCCGACUCCCGAUCAGCCAUGCGACCUCAGCGUGGACGGCUACUUCCUGUGCCUAGCUCUUCCCACACGAUAUGUGAUCCUGAACUAUUACUCAGGGGCCUCGCAGGAUCUGUUCCCUUAUAACAGUGAGGAGAGGAAGCCUAUUGUCAAGCGGAUCGGCCGGGAGGAAUUUCUCCUGGCUGCACCAGGUGGCCUUGGGAUGUUUGCCAACGCUGAGGGCAUCUCACAGCGCGCCCCUGUCAAGUGGUCGGACGAUGUGAUCAGUGCAGCCGUGUGUUUCCCGUACGUGGUGGCUCUGGAUGAUGGCUUCAUAACGGUUCACAGCAUGCUGGAUCAGCAGCUCAAACAGACACUGUCCUUCAGAGAAGGGCACAUCCUGCAGAACUUUGAAGGCAAAGUGGUGUUGGCUUCCACAAAGGCAGUGUAUGUGCUGGUGCCUUUGCCUCUGGAACGCCAGAUCCAGGACUUGUUGGCAGGACAUCGAGUGGAGGAGGCACUGACCCUGAUUGAAGGUGCACAGAGAAACAUUCCUAAAGACAAGUUCCAGAUCUUACACAGAAGAAUUUUGCAGCAGGUGGGAUUCAUCCAGUUUGGCCAGCUUAAGUUUUCUGAAGCUAAAGAGCAUUUUAGGAAGGGGCAGCUAGAUGUACGUGAGCUGAUCUCCCUGUGCCCACUGCUGCUGCCUGCAUCUUCAUCGUUUACGCGGUGCCAUCCGCCACUGCACGAGUACGCUGAUCUGAACCAUCUAGCACAGGGUGAUCAAGAAAAGGUGCAGCUCUGCAAGCGCUUCCUCAUCAGCUACCUGUGUGAGGUGCGUGCUAGCGAGAGUGCCAAUGGCUUCAGGCAGGACGUUGACACGGCGCUGCUGAAACUCUAUGCUGAGGCUGGUCAUGAGGGCUUGCUGGAGCUGCUAGACUCUGACAACUCUUGUUUGCUGGCCGACAGCGUACCCUGGUUGAAGAAACACCACAGGUACUUUGCACUUGGGCUCCUGUAUCACUACAAUGGCAAAGAUGCUGCUGCUCUACAGUUGUGGGUUCAAGUUGUCAAUGGCGACCUCGAAGACUCCACACAGGCUGAUCUGUUUGAGUAUGUUGUGAACUUCCUGAGCUCCUGCAAGAACAUGGACCUUAUAUGGAAAUAUGUUGACUGGGCCUUACAGAAAGACCAAAAGCUUGGAGUAAGGAUCUUCACUAAGAGACCUGCUUCUAAAGAGCAGACCAAGCAGCUGAAUCCAGACGAUGUGAUCACGCAUCUACAGAAGCACAACCAGGCUCUAAUCCUGUACCUGGAACAUGUGGUUUUUGAGAGGAGAUUACAGAAAGAGAAGUUCCACACACACCUAGCUGUGCUGUACGCAGACCGAGUGCUCGCUCUUAUCUCUCGAAGCUCAGCCACAGAGGAGCAGCUCACUUCAGCCCGACAGAAACUGCAGAGAUUUCUGAGAGAGUCAAACCUGUACAGAGUCCAGCUGCUACUGGGUAAACUACAGGUCUCAGAGCUGCUGUUAAUGGAGAGAGCUACACUACAUGGAAAGCUGGAGGAGCAUGAUAAAGCACUACAUAUCUUGGUGCACCAGCUGAAGAACUCUGCAGCUGCACAGGAAUAUUGCACCUGGGCAUCCCAGUCUCAGGAUCCUAAAAACCGAGGGGAAAUUUUUCAUCAGCUGUUGCGCGUUUAUCUGGAUCCUGACGUUCCCGGGGGGCCACGGACUAUCGAGGCUGUAGACCUGCUGAAUCACCACGCUGAGGUUUUUGAUGCCCCAAAGGUUUUAGAACUUCUCCCUGAGGCGUGGUCACUACCGUUGCUCCGUCCCUUCCUGUGUGGUGCCGUGAGGGCCAGCAUGCACGCUCGCCACACCUCCCAGAUCGCACUGGGGCUUGCACGAGCCGAAAACUUACAGCUGCACCACGAUAGGCUGAAGUGUCGAGGAGGUCCAGUCUUUGUUUCGGAAAAAAAAGGAUGCCACCUGUGCCACAAUACUUUCAGCGAGCCAGACUGCGUGUGCCUCCCAGGUGGCAUGCCGGUCCACACACACUGUGCCACCCAGAAGCUUAAAGGCUCGCCCACAAAGCGACAAGUAGACCACACCCACAACAACAAUCACACAUGAAUGUUGCAGGAAGUGGAGCGCACCGCAGGGGGCAUCUGUUGGUCCUGGGCCUGGAUGGCUGAGGGCACCUGGGUGGAGACGGGCACAGGGAGAGGAGGAACGAGUGCACAAAACGCACAUCUAGAUCGAGAAUGAUCAGAGCACCGGAGUCUGUCUGGCACGAGAGAUGAGUUAAAGCAUGGGUGUGGUGAGAGAAAGACGCAGGUUUUAUUGUGCAAACGAGCGUGUGUAGGAAAGAGAAAUGGAUGAAACGAUGAGAUGUUAUUUAUUCAUGUUCAUAGCCUGCCACUUUUUGUAUUUCUAACAUAAUGUUUAACUGCUUUUUUUUUUGGAAAAAAGAAAAUUACGGAAAGUGGAAUCCAUUAAAAAUAGAAUGAGUUAAAAUGAGCAGAGCCGCAGAGUACAGUCUGCUGUACUGCGUUGUUGUAACACUAACAGUCUUUAUUUAGCGCUCAGUUCUGAGUAAAACUCAGUUCUUUUACUUUCUGAUAUAUUAGCACCUUAUAUCUGAGAAUAUCAGUUAUCAAAUGCUCAGAAGUUGGUGGUUUUCUAUAACCACAUGGUUAUACUUUUAUUUAUAAAACCCCCCCACCAAAGUCACUCAUAUAUCUGCAGAAAGGGAAGCCUUUUAUUUAAGAAACAAAUGUCCUCACACCGGAUAUCAAAGUUUUUUUUUAAGGAAAGGUUUUGAUUUCAUAUUGGAUUUCAAUUCAGAUAAAAGCGAAUCAUAAACUUGCUUAAGCUACAUUAUUAAUAUGAUUAUAAAUUGGCUGGGAAAUCACAACCCUAACCAUGCAGUUGAACAUUGUACAUUUAAUUCAUUUGGCCUGUCUGUGUACUUCCAGCUGCAUGGCAGUAAAAACCUCUUUACAUUACUUUUUUUAAUUGCCUCCCAUUGGAUUCCUGUCCAGUACACAGCUCAAUUCUCAAUCAUGUUUCUCACAAGCUUAAAAAUUGUGUUCAUCAACACAUUGUUCAUUUCUUCUGAUGAUGGUUACAUCCUUAGUAGAUACGUUAUGAGCAUGUGUGUUGACCACACAAAAUGCAGGUAUUCAUGAUGACAUUUCUGUGUUCUUUGUUUGAGCUGGUAGUCUUAAUGCCAAGCUGUGACUGAUCAAAGUUUUUUUUAAGGUAUUGCAUAGAAUAAUGAAACCUCUUCAUUGCAGAGUUCAAGAGUAUGACUUGCAAUCUACUGUUAUGUUUUAAAAAAAAUAUUUUGUAACGUACACAUGUAGACUGGGAAUGCAUGGGUGCUUUUGGAAGAAAAAAAGUGAAAGAGAGUGAGAUGUAAGCGGCUGGAUGACGCCCCGGUGGAUGCUCGUUCGAAAAUCUCAAGCACAGUAUAACCACUGCCUUCAACGUUUAUAAUAGACCAAUUCAUGUGCAGACACACCUGCUCAUGGACAGACACUGACACCUACUCAUGGACUGGUUCAGGCUCAGCUUUUAUUGGAUGUAUAUAUGUGCAGAUUUCACUGUACAAACAAAAAGUGUUAUGCAUAGACAGCAGGACAAAUGAAAUACAGUGAAGGAAAAAAUGGAAAUAACAAUUUCACAUGUCUUUUAACAUCAAAUCUGUGUGAUUGUCUGACAAGUUCAUUAAUACAGGGCCUGGAUCUCCAAAAGCACUGGAGUUUCACAAUGAUUUUGACACAUCAACACGUGUUUUUUUUUUUUUUUACCAAGCCCGGCCCUGAAUUUCAUCAUGCAACACAACCUGGUCUUAUACAUGAACUCUAAAUUCCUCUUGUUGAUUACACGAAUGCAUCUAACUACAGCCUUCUGACCGAACACCCUGCGGAUGGAAUCUGUCUGCAUCUUUCUACCUGCUCGAGUAUUUUAUAAAUGCAUAUCUACUCGUGUGUACAUACUGUAUUUAUAAUGGUUUGUCGCUUUGUAAAUCGAUGGCCGUGUAGUUGGAAUGUACAAAAUGUAAAGAUGUCCAUUUUAAUAAACAUGACUGCUUAUGUUAA